GCAGAAGGUGCCUCAGCAGACGCAGGAGCAGCUGGAGGCAAUGAUGACGGAAAGGGAGCGCCUGCUGAUGGAGAACAAGAAGCUGAAGGCGGAGAAGGAGAACCUUAUCCUGGAGGGCACCAAGAUGUCGCGGCGUGUGCAGUCGGUGGAAGAGCGUAUGAAGGCGGGUGCCGCUGAGCUGCGCCGGGCAGAGCAGCUGCAGUCGGACAGCGACAGGGCCAAAGAGCAGCUGCAGAACCAGCUCAGCCGUCAGACCGCCAAGGUGGAGAAGGCGGAGGCGCAGAGCUCCGAGCUGCGGGCCGAACUCCGGCGCGUGGCU